AUGUUUUUUUGUUUAGAAAAAUCUCGAAAACGUAAAAAGAAACAGCAUAAAUCAAAGAAAAACCAAGAUGAAAAACAUCAUACAAAUUCAGAUGCUCCUCCACUUCCGCCACCUGAGGAAAAAAUAUCUCAACCACCACCACCACCGCCACCGCCACUUCCAACUUCAAAUUUAUACGAUGAACUUGAUGAAAAAAUAACGACAAGUAGUCCAAUUGUAAAAACGAAUUUACCCUUAUCACAUUCGCCACCACCUGUUAUGCCAACCAUCUUACGUCAAGGUUCACGUUCACGUUUGACAGCUAAAGAACAACUUGUUCCAUCUUCUGUAAUACGAACAACGAAACAAAUCAAUAUUACUAAUGAAAAUAAUAAACUUUCGCCAACAUCAACAACAAAUCCUAAUCCAACAGAAGAUUUAGCAACAAAACAAUUUGAAGAACAAUUAGCAUUACUGGAUGCAACAUCAUCAAAAUUAACAAUGAAUAAUUGGGAUCAAUCAAGUGGUGGAAGUGAAGAAGAUGAACAAAUUGAACGUAUAUGUCGAAUGAAUAAUACAGGAAGUAUAUCAGGACCUAUACAAUUUAAAUUUAAUCGUACACAAAAUCUUCCAUUAAAAACUUCGCCUGUAUCCAAUGAUGUUGGAAAUAAUGAAGAUGAAACAGUUCCAACAAUGGCUUCAACAAAAAAGAAACGUUUACAUAAACCAAAUGAUCCACCAAAUCACUCACAUUCAUCAUCAUCAGGUGAUGAAAAUGAGAAAAACAACAGUCGAAUAAAAAAACCAAAAAUAUCAGAAAGCGAUGCAACUGAAUCAACGGCAGCAACAACAACGACAAUAGUUGAAUUGCCAGCAACGUCAACAACAACAACAACAGUAUCAAUAAUACCUGAUGAAAAUAUCAAACCAGAAAUAAUUAAAAAUGAAGAACCUGUUGCUUCAACAACUAAUGAAAAAAAAUCAGAUGAAAAAAAUGGUGAUGGUGAUGAUGAUAAAGAAUCUCGAUCAACAUCAGCAUCAUCAUCAAGGCGAAGACGACAUAGUAGUCGUCGAAGACAUAGACGUCGUCGUCGUCGUUCAUCAUCAUCAAGUUCACGAUCUUCUUAUUCAAGUACAUCUUCUGACAGUUCUCGUUCAUCAUCAAGUCGUUCACAUCGAAGACGUCGACGUCGACGAUCACGUUCAUCAUCACAUUCAUCAUCAAGUUCAAGUGAUAAUCGUGGACGUCAUAGUAGUCGAAGUAGUCGUCGUUCAUCUCGUUCGUAUUCUCGAGGUCGUUCAUCUAGUUCACGAAGUUCUCGUUCAUCAACAUCAUCACGUAGUUCACAUAGUCGAUCAAGAUCACGAAGUCGUAAUAGAAAAUCUUCUCGACGUUCCAAUCGUCAUCAUCAUCAACAGCAAUCAAAUAAUAAUGGAAAAGGAGGACGUGGUAAUGGUGGUGGUGCGCCACGCCGUGGUCGAGGUGCACGAAAUGGUGCACGUGGUCGUCGUGCUCAAUCAAACGACAAUUUACAUCGGUCAUCACCCAAUCGUAAUGGUAAUAAAUAUAAUUCAACAUUAGGUGCGGGUGGUCGAAAACUACCGAAUAAUAAACAACCACGAGUUCUUAUUGCUGCAAAACCAAAAUCUACAACUAAUGAAGAAACUAUUGAAGAAACAACUGCAACAUCAACUACAAUAAUACCAAAUGAAGAAAUUAAAACUGAACCAAUUAUUAUUACAACAAAUCAAAAUCAACAACGUCCUAUGGGACAAAAGAAAAAUAUGAAAGCAAAAAAUAAACUACAAACACCUGCAUAUUCAUUGAAAAAAGAAGAAAAUGAAGAUAUGGAUCAUGGUGAUGGUGAACCAAUGAUUGGACCAAAAUUACCACCAGAAUUUGAAAAAAAAAUUAAUAAAGAACAUUCAUUUACUCCGCCAGAUAUGGAUGAUCCAGAAAAUAUGGAAAUGCUCAAUGAUUUAAAAUAUCGUGCGGAAAUUCAUGCAGCUAAAAAUCAUGGUUUAAUUAGUGAAAUGCAAGCACAACAGUUAAUUGAAGAACGUGAAACUCAAAAACAAUUAGCUGAACUUCCACUUAUUCAGAUGCCUAUUAUCUCAUCACCGACAAUUUCUUCGAUGGGUCCAUUUCUUGUUGCAGCACCAAGUCCUGUGAUAACAAAUUAUCAUCAACUUCAAAUGGCAUCUACAGCCAAUCAACAGAUAGCAACGAAUUCUGAAAUGUCUUCCCUUACAUUCGAACAGCAACAACAACAACAACAACAGCAGCAGCAGCAACAACAACAGCAGCAACAGCAGCAACUGCAACAGCAACAGUCAAUGUCACCUAAUUCAGCAGCGUCAAGUGGUGGUGAAAGUUGUUCAACACCUGGUCAUACAACACCAGGUGGAUCUACAACUGUUCUUACACAAGACGGACAACAAAUGAUGAUUCAAACAGCUGCAAAUGUGAAUCCACAAUUAGUACAAAUAGCUCAACCAUCACAACAAUUGUAUAUGCCAAUGCAAACUGCUGUUCAGCAACCACGUGUUGUAGCUAUGCGAACGCCUCAAGGUGGUAUUCAACAUUUUAUUGAAUAUCCAACUGCUCAAUUAUUACAAGCACAACAGCAACAACAACAACAACAACCUCAAUUUAUUCAACAUAAUGGACAACUUGUACAAGUUAUUCGACAACCUAUGGCUUAUUCAUCAUCCGCUUUAAUGCAACAAGUACAACUGCAACAACAACAACAACAACAGCAACUAUUUGCUGCUCAAAUUCAAGCUCAACAAUUAGCUGCCAUGCAACAAUCAGGUGGUGCUAUAUUUUUGCAAAAUUCAGCUGGACAACUUGUACUCGCUCAACAAAAUCCACAAGCAAUGCGUGUUGUUCAAAUUCCUUAUGUACCUAAAUGA